AUGGCAACCUCUCACCGACCCAUCAAGGGCAUCCUGAAAAAUAAAGGUUCAACAACCACCUCAGGGGGUGCUUCUGCCCAGCAGUUCAGAACGUCAACCCAAGCGGUCCAGAGGAAGAAAUCUCAGAGGUGGGAUGAAUACAACAUCCUUGCGACUCACCUCUCAUCAUACAGAGAUCAUGAUUUGGUGAAGGCAAAUGAACCGGGCACUCCCUAUGUCGGUGUACAAGAUACUAGGGAAGUUACUGCAAGAGAUGUCAAAGCCAAAGAAGUUAUAACCUUGGAUAUGUUAGCUAAGAAAUUAGCUGCCACUGACCUUUUUGAAACCAAGGGGUCAGUGGAGGAUGAAAAGAGCGGCGAGGCACAUACCAACCAAUUCCUUCUUACUAAAAAAGAAAAGCAGCGACAAUUUGAGAUGAAAAGAAAGCUUCUCUACAGUGAAGGACUGAACCUCAAGUCUGCUGCACAGUUGCUUUCUGAGGACCUAUGGGAUGAACUGGAUGAAGAUGAGAAACAAGAAAGUCUAACUAAAGAAAACGCUACCACUGAAGUUCCUGCAGAUGAAGAUGACCUGAAGGCCCAGUUGGUCAAUGCUUAG